AUGGCUGUCACAUCUGAGACUUUACCAGCUGAUGGAAGCUCUGCAACUGGUGGUUCUACACAUUUGGAUCAAACCAGUCCCUAUUUUCUUCAUGCUUCUGAUUCACCUGGAAUGACCCUUGUCUUAACACCUUUUGAUAGAACUGGUUAUGGUGCUUGGAGGAGGUAUGUCCUCAUAGCAUUGUCAGCUAAAAACAAGUUGAGUUACAUUGAUGUUGUUUCAAGUGCUCCCUCUAUAGAUUCUCCUGAGUAUAAGCUGUGGGCAAGGUGCAAUGAUAUGGUCACUUCCUGGUUGCUGAAUUCCCUCUCAAAAGAGAUAGCAGGAAAUGUCAUUUACUCCAAAUCUGCAAAAGACCUUUGGAAGGAUCUUAAGGACAUAUUUGGACAACCAAAUGGAGCUAUGUUGUAUCACCUGCAGAAACAACUUGCAGACUUAGUUCAAGGUUCAUCAGAUAUUGCUGGUUACUAUACUAAGAUGAAGAAGAUAUGGGAUGAACUGGACACUCUAUACAUUAAAACAACUUUUUCAUGUGCUUGCAACUGUGGAGGAAAGGAAAAAUUAAACAAGUCACUGUAA